GAUGGCAACAGCAUAUUUAGCAGCAUAAAUAACAACAACAGUAAUAGCAUUAGUAAAAGUACUAGCAGCAACAAUAAUACAUCAUUAUUUGUAGAUGAUAUAAAUUAUGAAGAUACAAUAAAAUUGUUAGCAACAACAAUACCACCCACCGAUGAAGCAACAGCAGGUGCAAAUUUCAAAUACUUUAACUGUGAUUAUUAUUUAGCCAUUAAUACCUUUUUGUUGCUGACAUUACUCUCCAUGAUGACCUGUGCCACUUAUCAAGUUCUACGCAUCUUGUUGAAGUCAAUUUUAUUGUUGAUGGCUUCGGCUUAUUACAUUGGAUUUUCCAUUUAUUUUCUCGUUCAGGAGGAAAUUCAUUUUAUGUUAGACAAUGAAGAAGCACUAUUGCGUUAUAUAAUUGAUUCAAUUUUCCUUUUUGCUUUUAUGGUUGCAUUGAUUUUUCACAGCCAUCAAACAGAGGCAACGUAUCGUUUGGAUUUCAUUUGGAAGUUGCAAGCAACGGAGGAAAAGGAAGACAUGGAACACUUACAAGCGUACAAUCGCAAACUGUUGGAAAACAUUUUGCCCGUACAUGUGGCAGAACAUUUUCUGAGUCGUGAUAAAAAUAUUGAUGAUUUAUAUCACGAACAAUGCGAUAGUGUUUGUAUUUUAUUCGCUUCAAUACCAAAUUUUAGUGAAUUCUAUGUUGAGCUGGAAGGAAAUAACGAGGGUGUCGAAUGUUUACGUCUGCUCAAUGAAAUUAUAGCGGAUUUUGAUGAAUUACUAAGUGAAGAACGUUUUCGUUAUAUUGAAAAGAUUAAGAGUACAGGUGCUACUUAUAUGGCUGCUUCGGGAUUAACAGCUCAGACUUGUGAUCUGGUGAAUUAUAAACAUAUUACAGCUAUGGCGGAAUAUGCAUUACAGUUGUUCGAUAAAAUCGAAGAAGUUAAUAUGCAUUCGUUUAAUAAUUUUCGUAUGAGAAUUGGCAUUAACAUUGGACCAGUUGUGGCGGGUGUAAUCGGAGCACGUAAGCCUCAAUAUGAUAUCUGGGGUAAUGCUGUAAAUGUUGCAUCACGCAUGGACUCAACGGGCUUAGUCGAUCAUAUACAAGUCACUGAAGAAACCUAUCAAAUUCUAAAGCCACGUGGCUUCAAAUUAACUUGUCGUGGUAAAGUUAAUGUCAAAGGUAAAGGUUCCAUGAUCACGUACUUCCUAGAGGGUAAAUUACCCGAAGACAAAAUACAAAAUCAAACAUCACUACAAUCAGAAAUUAUAAUGGAAACAGCAACAGUGGAAAAAGAAGAAACCAACCAAAAUGGAGAUAUUGUAAAUAUGGACACUAAACCGGAAGAGAGCAUAAAAUGCCCACCAGAUACGCUGGCGCUAUCGAAACAGGUUAGCAGCAAUUUAACGGAAUCAGAAGAUUUAUCACCCGAUAUUGAUCUCAAUUCAAAUAUGAGUAAUCUAACAGCACAACGACGUAAAUCCCUGUGUAGACAACACAAUAUAUCAUCCUCCUUUGGUACAACGGUGAGUUCGAAUACCUCGGUAACGCCGUGUAUAUCGAAUAGUUCAAGUGUUAUAACUAUAGGCACUCUACCAACUAUAGCCAAAAAUAAUUCCUCCUCCAUUGAAAACACCUCUGAGGGUAAUAGUUUAAUGAGCAAGGCGAAUUUCCUGCCGCGCACGGCACUGGAUGAGUUAAAGGACGGGGAGACGGAGAGUGACAAGGGUACGCAUAAAAAUUCUAUAGAAAAUUUAGAAAUAUUACUCAAAAAUAAUAUAAGCCUCUCAGAUCUUAAUAACAAACAACAACUGAACCUAAGAGUCACAGAGGCAACACGUAAUCCCUAUAAAAAGACCACCGAAACCGCUACAGUUGUUGGUGGUUGUGGUAAUGUGGUAGCCAAAAGAAAACAUCGAUCUGUUACCACUAUUACGGCAGCAACGACGGCGAAUAGUAGCAAACAUUCAUCCUCAUCUCCCCAACGUUAUUCGGAUACAACGCAUUUGUUGAAGGACUCUUCAACACUGACCCCGCCACCAUCUCCAACACAUUUAAACGAUACAAAUGAUACAUUUGAAACACCUUGCGAACUAACAUUCUCCUCUCAAUCAUCCACCACCUCACCUGACUCCAAAGCCAUAUGGUUAAAUCUUAAGCCCCAUCAUCAGCAUGCAAAACAAAAUCAUCAUAAACAUCAUUUAGCUAUGAAAACAUCACAGUCGUUAAGUCCUCUGGGUCUCUACAGCGAAGUUAUCAAUAUACCCAAUUCACGUAGUAUGGUUGUUAUGACGGCAACUGCAGAAAACUCCCCAGCAGCUAUGACUACAACUACUCCCGAAACUUCACACACCAACAAUUCCAUAAAUUCCUCAGUACCAUUAACCGAUGUGGUAAGUACUUAAGGAGCCGCUUCUAAAAUAAGUAAGUUCGCUUCAGUAUUAUAGUAUUUUCAUAUACAUUCUCAUGUUGUUGUUUUUUCGUUUCAUACGAAAGAAAACACUAAAAUUGUAGAAAUCUGUUCCUAUUUAUGAAAUUGUAAAUACAUUUUUUUUACAAGUAGCAAGUACAUACAAGCAUUUAUGUUUAUAUACUUAAUAGUUUGUAUGUAUAUGUUGCUGUAUAGUUAUAUUUUUUAUGUUUAAGUAGAUAUCUAUAACUCUCUUCUAUAUAUUGUAUGUAUGUAAUGUAGUAUAUAAUAGUAAAAAAGUAACACAUCAUCACUUAACAAGGGGGCAAUUGCAGGUAUUAAAUCUAGAUAGUAUUUUUAUAUUGUUAAGAAACAGAGGAAGAUAGGACAUACAUGGAUAGGAGAAGCAGUUUAGUGGAAAAUUAUGGCACGCAGGAUGUUUGCUAUGCUCGACUUUUACACAAAACACAAAUAGCAAGCCAUACAGUCGACAUUUGUUGCAACAAUACAAUUGCCAACAGCUUUUCCCAAAAUAUUGUUCCAUAUUUGAUGUUCACGAAUGGUCGUUAUUUUUCAUUCGUGAACUUUAAUGACAGCUUGAACUUUUUUCUGUUUUGCAAUUUUAUAAUCUCUAAUUAGUCGAUGUUACUUAUUUGCUUAUGAUUCAUUCUAUGACAUAUUGUUUAAAUAUUUAGAGGCUUCACGGAACAAAAAACUAAAUCUGCGUCAACCGUUUAGCAAUAUCAUUUAUUAUGUAUGAUUUCAGUUACUUACAUUCCGAAAGUAUCUUCAGGCUUCAAAGUUAUAUUUUCAUGCAAUUAUGACUUCUUGCAGUUUAAACUUGUUCGGAUAUUGCUAAUAAAGGUAACUGUUUCCAUAUAUUUGAUCUCACUAUAGUCAUUCUUCUUGUCAUGUGCGGCUUGGUUUCUAUGUUAAUGAUAUUACCAUUUUAUCGCCAUAUUCUGUACAUUCAUUUGCUUCAUAUAUGCAUCAUAUUGCAUAGUUUAGUUAUAGUUUCUCGAAGAGUUUAAAUUUCUGCAUCUUUUCAAUCCUGACAGAUCCAUAGUAGAUUUAUUUCUGCACAAAUUGUCGCAAACAUACAUAUUCAUUCGUGUUUAUUUUACCACUAAUGAUCUCGACAACUUUGACAUUAAGGUCGAUAGACUAAUCCAUAUCAAAGUGAAUUAAACAGUGGAACACGAAAAAAUAUAACCAUAUGCGGACACCACUACGUUAUAAAAGAUCAAAAAACAAAAGACCCUUGUCUCCCAAAGUUAUGUAUUUUUUUUAUGGGCUCUCAAAGAUUUUGGGACUCGUUGUAAUUUUUACCUAAAAGUGACAAUAAUUGCGAACAUAUAAAACAAAACAACUUCAUUUUCAAUAUCGAAAUCGGAAAAAAACACAAAAAAUUUUUCUGUUUAUGCGUAUACUUAAUAUUUGUAAUAUCAAUAAAUCAUCAACACGUAUACGUGCAGGUGCCGUUAAUAGAAGGAGAGCAAUUUCACAAUGUAAAAAUUUCCACUUGAAAUGAAAAAAUUAAGAUGAAGUUUUAUUUGAUUUUAUAUGUUCACAAUGUUUGUUCUUUAUGACAAGAGCUACAACUUUGCCUCAGAGAGUAAAUGAAAAUUCCGAACGAUUUGCAAGAUAUAAGUCUGAGAAAAUUAUGACUUUUUUGCAAAAAUUACAUUGAGGGCUCGUAAAAAAGUACAUGACUUUCGGCAAAACUGGGAGACGGGGCUUUCUGUU